AUGCAUCCUGCAAAGAGGAGACGCCUGGAUCACGUCCAAGUCAAGCUGAACAAACCAUUCCGUUCACCGCUCCGCACCACCAAGAAUACCGUCGAUAAUCACAAUUCUGUGAUUACGAGUAACAGUGGCAAUACUCCAACAGACUCCAUCACAAAUGCAUCUAAUGUCCUCCAAUCAUCGCCCACGAAGGCUUCUAAUCCCAUAGUGACAAACACUACUGAGAAGGGCCUUACACAGAAGCUGAAGCAAACAACACAGGCGCUUGAUACAGCCGAACAGGCUUUACAGAUCAUCACUUCUGGUCAAGAUAUUCAGCUUGAGGCAUUAAUCACAAAAUGGACACAUAUUGCACGUGAUGCUGCAGAUGAGCUGUUUAUUGAUGCCAAAGCUCGGAUUGAGGAUAUGGGUGGAAUAGAGGUAUGGCAGCGAAAAGCCCAAACCGAGGGCCAACUUUGGGCUGAAGCCAACCAAUAUGAAUAUCGUACUGUGGAAGAUGUUUCAUCCACGCAAAAUGGUCUAUCGACCACAGAACAGCUUUCCAUGGCUGAGGAAUGUGCAGUCGACCAAGCCUUUACCAUGCAAGUGAUGUUGAAGCAGAUGAAUAUCGACCCUGCUCUGAUCGGGUUUGACCAGACGACAGAGCGAUGGGUUCACUAA